AUGUCCAGAGACGUGCGCGAUUCAGCACUGGCGCUGUUCGAUUCGCUCUCCAAGGGCGGCGCGGUGCCCGACACCACGCUCACCUUCGCCGACCAACCCCUCCAUCACAAGCCGGGCGUCGAUCGGCCCGAGUUCGCCACCUUUGUCGUCGGACAGGGCGGCGCCAUCCGGCAGCUCGACAUCUCGCUUCCGCUCGCCGGCAUCUACGCCAAGCAGGAUCACAACGCCGUGCGCGCGGCCUUCGUGCAGCGGCGCAAGUUCCUCGUCAUCUUUGACCAGUUGGGCGAGCGCAUCGGCGGAUUCGCGCUCGGCGGCGCCAAGGACGAGGCGUGGGCGAGCGCCAAGAAAACACAGAAGAGGCCCGACGCUGAGCGGAAUCGUGACCGGAAGUAUCGCAUCGCGCUCAUUGUUGUGUUGGGAAUAACGGCGAUCCUGUUGGCCGCGGGCGUGGUGGCGGCGGUGACGACAACGAGCCUUUUCUGA